UUCUAGAAGAUGCCGCACAAGCCAAAGUUAGCAUCCAAGACCUGAGAACCAACUGGCAGACUCCAUCACAACAAAACUUGCAACAUGCAGAGCAAAGUAGAUAUACCCUGCAAGAAGCAGAGCAAGGUAGACAUACCGGGCAGGAAGACUUCAAAGGCCUUCAUCCUCCCGGUGGCCAACAUCCGCUUGACCUUCAUUACUGGACUCAUCUUGAUGGCCUUGGCGUCAGGGACGUCUAAUCCCCCAGAACCAUUGAUCAGCGAGAACCUGAUGACUAAGAUGGAAGCCCACAUGGAACUGUUGGAGGGCUUGACUGAAUCUUUGGCUACCUUUGCUGGAUACAUACGCGUCAGAAUUGACAGGAUUGAGAAUAUGACAAGACGUUUGAACGGCCUGAAUGGUGGAGCAGCAAACAUGGACAAGGAAAUGGCAGGACAGGAGGACAAGCUGAAUGGUGGAGCAGCCAACGCGGACAAGGAUCUGACAACACGUGUGGGCAAACUGGAGAAUUUAAUAACAAACAUGGAUCAGAUGCUGAAGGAACAUGUGAAGGCGAUGGCUCAGGAUGUUAAGACUCUCAAGGAACAACCAGGCAUCUGCUUUCCGCCAUGGCUCACACAUGGCACUCACUGUUACAUGUAUGUUGAUAAAAAGAAGACCUGGAAUGAAGCUGAGGAGUACUGCUUAGCCUUGGGCGGACACUUGGCCUCAGUUCACAGCCAAGCCACGGUGAAGUUCCUGAAGGGAUUUGCUAAAGAAGGUUCGAUUUGGCUUGGCGGCUUCAAAUCGUAUUAUCACUGGCAAUGGAUAGAUGGCUCCACCUUUGACAUCACCUAUUAUUGGGACAAGACCAGCAAGCGUGCUCAAUGGGGAAUUCUAGAGCCCAAUAAUGCCAAAUACCAAGAAUACUGUAUGCAUAUGUGGCCAACUGGUUACAUCAAUGACGUGCCAUGCGCUCUAAAGUUUUAUAUUGUUUGUCAGAAGUGAUGUGGAUGGUGUCUGCUGCUCCUUCAAAGACUUCCCUGCUGAAAGAUGAUCACUCUGCCUUCAAUUGGCUCACUUGAAUUAAUCCUCAUCUUAAUCAGCGUGCACAUCAUCCCAAAGCACCAACUGGCAAACUAAAGCCAAUCAAAUUAUUUGUGUAAGCACACUUGGUAAAUAAAGAUUUUGAUUCUAUACAACAUAAGCUACAGUAGAAUGUAUUUUCCUUUUUUUUUAGUUUAUCGUUUUUUCUAGCAAUACUGUAUCACCAGAUCUACUCAACACAGAAAAUUUGAUAAAUACAAUCCAGUCAUCGUAUCGAUUGCAGAUGUCAUGGAUUGACUACAUAGGGCUCGCUUAGUUAUGUCUGCUGAGCGGCUG